CUUUUGGCGCAUGCGAAUAUAUAUACACAGUUUCAGUCUUUCGUUUCUGUCACGCCAGUCUUUCUCCCGCAGCCUCCCGUGCCUUUCGGUGUCAGUCUCACCCCGCGUCUCUCUCGGUCUUUCGACCCCAUUCAUGGUCUCCGGCCCCCCUGAUAAAGAGACAGGUGAUUAGACAACUCGUCCCAGCUGAGAAAUCUCCUCCCCUGUCAUUGCUUCACAGCCGGCUCCUGCGCACGCCCUGCCCGCAGGAGACGCGUCGACCACGCCCCUCCACACGUACUGUCGACUAUCUAAAUAUGGUAUGUGCCAAAAAAAAGCAGAGGAGGUCUAGGAAGUGCGCCCAAGACUUUGCUGUUCUGGCAUACAGGCCGGAAAGUUUGAGAAAAGGGUUGCCAUGAGUCAAGCUUCAAGCACCCUUUGGCACUCCUGGACACACUGCUGACUUGCACACUCAAAUUUGUGCAAUCCAAAAUCUUCAGACGCCCCUCCAGAAACUAAUUUGAGUUACAGAAUAACUGUAAAACUGAACUUUGACUACCACACAAACACACACACACACUUAUAAAGUGAAAGUACCAAUGACUGUCGCACACACACCAGGUGUGGCGAAAUUAUUAUAUAAAUAUACACCCAUUAUCCCUUACUGGAGCUGGAUUUUAAUUGCCAUGAGACAUUUGAAUCGUUUCUUCUGCAAGCAAAGAGCACAAUGGACAGGAUCACCUUUUUACUAUCAGGAAGUUCCAGGAAUGGGAGAAGUGGCAGCUCCAGCGAAGAGAAAACCGAUGGAAAAUGCAAACGACUGCAAGAGCGAGAAAGAUGCAGAAGAAGCAGCGGACGAGGACGUACGUAGGCAGAUCCCUAAGCACCGCUGGGUAAUGCACGGAGCAGUGAUGUUUGGCCGGGAGUUCUGCUACGCCAUGGAAACUGCCUUGGUCACACCGGUGCUUCUCCAGAUAGGCCUUCCUGAGCAAUAUUACAGUUUGACAUGGUUCCUCAGUCCUGUCCUGGGUCUUCUCCUCACACCUGUGAUGGGCUCAGCCAGCGACAGAUGUACGCUGCGCUUGGGCCGCAGGAGGCCGUUCAUACUUGCCCUGUGUGUUGGUGUCUUGCUGGGUAUGGCGCUGUUUUUAAACGGAUCAUUAAUUGGCCUAUCCAUCGGUGAUCAUGUGGGAAGCCAGCCAAUAGGUAUCGCUCUUACAGUUUUGGGAGUGGUGGUGCUGGACUUUAGUGCUGAUGCGUGUGAUGGACCAAUCAGAGCUUAUCUUUUAGAUGUGGCAGUCACAGAGGAGCAAGAUAUAGCCCUAAAUAUCCACACCUUUUCUUCAGGGGUCGGUGGCGCAAUUGGCUACAUGCUAGGUGGUCUUGACUGGACUGGCACAGCUUUAGGUCAAGCUUUUAAGUCCCAGCAGCAAGUGCUCUUCCUUUUUGCAGCCAUUUUCUUCAUCACCUCUGUCAUACUGCACAUGUUUAGCAUCCCCGAGAGGCCCUUAGGGACAUCUCAGCAGACUAUAGCUGCAAAUAGAAGAGAGCUGAGCAGCCAAUUGUCCUCCAGACCAGUUAGUCACAUACCACCACUUCUGGAUAUAAUCACAGAGGAGGGCGCCUCUUUUAGAGAAGACGACCAAUCGGAUCCCGAGGCCAGAGAAAUGGACUUCCUGGUUAUGGAGCGAGUGCGUAGUAAGAGUGACUCCGUCUUAGCAAUGCCAGACGCUACAAUCAAGCUGGAUCCUGAUCUAGACCCGGAGGUCCAGCUUUUCUUGCCUGAAGUGCAAAAAGGUUUAACUGAGAUCCAAGAAGGUCUACAGUAUUCUUUCAAAUCUUCAGACCAGGGUACUGUUGGAUCUUCCAAACUCACGGAUGGGAUGGUGGUUUUGGAAUCCGGAGAUUCUGAGAUUAAUGGUCACACAAAUAGUCCGUCCACUGAGGGAUCCCAUUUGAAACCAAUGACAAAGCUGUCCAAUGGCGUCACUGAGCACUGCAAUUCAAACAAAAGCCACAUCUCCAACAAACCUGGCGCCCGUCUCCAUGGCGCCGCCACUUCGCCCCGACCACACAAGCACACAUUCUACCGACAACCGUCUUUCACCUUCUCCUACUAUGGACGAGUGGGCUCGCAGCGAUACAGACUGCGACAGACAACUGCCUCAAGCCUGCCGCCCAUCACCACUUCCCGCAGUCUCAACGAUUUGAGCGAUCUGCAGCAGCGUCUGGACAGAAGGGAGUUUCAGCUUUCCACGAGCAGUCUGUCUUCUGAGGCCUCCAGUAGCGACAGCGAGUCUGACAAGGGCACCACCGUGCGACUCCUCUGGUUGUCCAUGUUAAAGAUGCCACAGCAGCUGUGGAGGCUGUGUCUGUGCCACUUGGUCACAUGGUUCUCCUACAUAGCGGAAGCUGUUUUUUACACGGAUUUCAUGGGGCAAGUCAUUUACAAAGGAGACCCCCAGGCACCACUCAACUCCACUGAGUUCCAGAAUUAUAACAGUGGAGUCCAGAUGGGAUGCUGGGGACUUGUGGUCUAUGCUGGAACUGCUGCUGUUAGCUCAGCCAUCCUUCAAAAAUACCUGGAUAAUUUUGACUUGAGCAUCAAAGUCGUCUACAUUGUCGGCACUUUGGGCUUCUCAAUCGGAACCGCUGUAAUGGCCAUUUUCCCUAAUGUGUACGUUGCCAUGGUGAUGAUCAGCAGCAUGGGUGUCAGCUCCAUGAGCAUAUCUUAUUGUCCGUAUGCCUUACUAGGACAGUACCAUGAAAUCAAAGAGUACAUCCAGCACAGUCCAGCCAAUACUAGAAGAGGUUUUGGUAUUGACUGUGCUAUUUUAACAUGCCAGGUUUACAUAAGCCAGAUUCUUGUUGCAUCAGCGCUUGGAUCCGUCAUUAGGGCAGUGGGCACCGUACGAGUUAUUCCCAUGGUGGUCUCUGGUAGCUCCUUCCUCGGCUUCCUCACAGCCUGUUUCCUCGUCGUUUACCCCGACGAGGAGUCCAACGAAGAUCAAGAUUCGGCCCGCCUGUCGGCAGAGCUGAACCAGGGCGGAAAGAAAAACAGCGACAGGUCGUCUCUGCAGAAGCUGACAGACAGAUAUAGUGUGAACAAUGAACAGCAUGAAUAGUAAGGAUGAAUUUGCACAGUUUUUCUCGCAUUUUGUGUGGGGACUGUUCUGCUGGUCUCAUUGCUACCUCAGCCCAACAGGCUAAUGUGGGAUAGAUUUGAACAACGCUAGCAAAGAGAUGGCGCAGCAACUACUGAGGGGAAGCACACAUAGCACUUUCUGACCAUGCUGCUCUCUUACGCAAUGCCUUCUAUCUGCGGACAAUCACCGUGUCACUUUCCCUCCUGCUAACCUGCGACGUGUUCCGAGUCAAGUUCAUGGUUUACCUAACCUUUAAAAGUCUUUGAACAAAUGAAUUGUUUCACUCUAAUCUCAUUUAAGCAUUUCCACAGCAGGCCAAGUAAUGCCUGUUUUUUUAUGUAAGAAAUGCUGAGAAAAUAAGCUCUUUCAUACUAUGACUCCAGUGGCAUUUAAUUGCAAUGUGGAAUGAUACAGUAAGUCAGUUCUUUGUAUACUGCACAAAAUCGGGGCCCAAGCACCCACGGACAAUGCCGAGCACCCACGUGGGAUUAAUGGCAACUUUCAAUCUUUAAAAUAAUUUUUGAAAAAUCAAUCUUGUUGUAGUUAAUUUUGUGGCGAGUUUGGUCCGUUAUACAAAAUAAUAAAGCCACAAAUCAUAAAGGA